GAGGUGGCCCGUCCCCGUCCUGCACCCCCUACCUGGCCGGGCGCGUGGCUGGAGACGUGGCCGGAGACGCUCCCGGCGCCGGAAGUGCGGCAGACAUGGGAGAGCCCGGGGGCUCCAUGCGGAUUCUAGUGACAGGGGGCUCUGGGCUGGUCGGCAGAGCCAUCCAGAAGGUGGUGGCAGAUGGGGCAGGCCUGCCUGGAGAGGACUGGAUGUUUGUCUCCUCCAAGGAUGCUGAUCUCACGGACGCGGCACAGACACGGGCCCUGUUUGAGAAGGUCCGGCCCACGCAUGUCAUCCAUCUCGCCGCAAUGGUGGGGGGCCUGUUCCGGAACAUCAAGUACAAUUUGGACUUCUGGAGGAAUAACGUGCACAUCAAUGACAACGUCCUGCACGCGGCCUUCGAGGUGGGCGCUCGCAAGGUGGUUUCCUGCCUGUCCACCUGCAUCUUCCCUGACAAGACCACCUACCCCAUUGAUGAGACCAUGAUCCACAACGGCCCCCCCCACAGCAGCAAUUUUGGCUACUCGUAUGCCAAGAGGAUGAUCGACGUGCAGAACAGGGCCUACUUCCAGCAGUACGGCCGAACCUUCACCGCAGUCAUCCCCACCAAUGUCUUCGGGCCCCAUGACAACUUCAACAUCGAGGACGGCCACGUGCUGCCCGGCCUCAUCCACAAGGUGCACCUGGCCAAGAGCAGCGGCUCCGCGCUGACGGUGUGGGGCACGGGGAAGCCGCGGAGGCAGUUCAUCUACUCACUGGACCUGGCCCGGCUCUUCCUGUGGGUCCUCCGCGAGUACAGCGAGGUGGAGCCCGUCAUCCUGUCAGUGGGCGAGGAGGAGGAGGUGUCCAUCAAGGAGGCGGCCGAGGCUGUGGCAGAAGCUAUGGACUUCCACGGGGAGGUCAUCUUUGAUACAACCAAGUCGGACGGGCAGUUUAAGAAGACUGCCAGUAACGGCAAGCUGCGGACCUACCUGCCAGACUGUCAGUUCACGCCCUUCAAGCAGGCCGUAAAGGAGACUUGCACUUGGUUCACCGACAACUACGAGCAGGCCCGGAAGUGACGCAGGUGGGCGGAGCAGCACUGGCUCCUCCCCAGGCCCGGUGGUGACCGCCACCCUGCCAGGAGCCAAGGGCCUGCCCGGCAACGCGAGCUCACAUGCCACCCCCGAUGGCCAGCUCCUGGCACCUGUCCAGGGAGACCAUCCGUUCAUGUCCAUCCUCAGGGAAACCAAGGCCUGGCCAGGGCCUGGUACCUCGCUCCUUCACACUGGUUCCUGCAUCCCGGUCUCUCUAC